CUCUCUCUCUCUCUCUCUCUCUCUCCCCAUAAUUUUUCCUUCCUCCCAAUACCCACCACCACCUCCACCAACCUCGGCUCCUCUCUACGAAGCCCAUCAACAAACCAUUCCAUGCGUUGAGAUCAAUCAUUGUAUAUUUAUUCAGGUUAAAGAAAAAAAGAAAGAGAAAGAUUAUGUUACGAUAAUAGUAGGUAGCUAGAUCGGCGGCGCGCGGUGCAAUUCGGUGCGGCGCAAAUGCCGGCGGCAUCGCGGGACGAGAAGGCCGCGACGGGGGACGUCUGCGUCUGGCUGAUCGUCGGGCUCCUCUUCCUCGUCCUGCUGGCCGGCGGCACCUUCCUCGCCCUCUACAUCUCCCUCCCCGCGCACGCCGCCCCCGCCUGGUACCCCCUCGUUGGCAUCUCCCUCAUCGGCGUCCCCUGGACCUUCUGGCUCCUCAUGUGCGUCUACCGCUGCGUCGCCGUCCGCGCCGCCGACGUCGAGCGGCCCCCGCCGCCGAUCCGGCCGGCGGCGGUCGCUCCGGCCGGCGGCGGAGGAGCCCCCGUGGGGGCCGUUGAGGGAGGUGGGUCGCCGGCGGGGUCGCCGGGGGGAGCGAGGAGGGUGCGGUUCGGGAACGCGACGGUGAUGGGGGCGGCGCAGGAGAAUUCCAGGGAGAAUGGCGGGCGCGGGGAUCCGCAGGCGGAGAGCGAGUCGACGGAGGACGGCUCGUCGUCCCUCAAGUCGCACGAGAGCGAGGUGCCGCUGGCCUUGUCUAUGUCUUGACCCUCUACGUACAGACACAGCAGCCACGAGUACUCUUUACAGCAUUGGCACAUAGCUAUCUUGCCAACAAAGGCUACAAUUGUUAACUUUAUACCAAAUUUCUCUCCAACUCAAUGUAGAGGAUGAUAUCACUGCCCCUUUAGAAGCUGCAACAUUCACUUAUGGAAUGGAUCUCACCUCUACAUGUGUCUUAAGAAGGGGAAAACCCACAGGUGUUGAACAAAUGCUCCCUAAUAUUGGGACCUUCUCAAAUUCUUCUUUGCACAGUGUAACAUAUAUGUAAGGAGAGGGGCUAGUCAAGGUUUUGUGUAAACUACUAUUGGAUCAAGGAUUUCUCAUUGGAGUUAUUCGUGUUAUUGUAGACUUAUAAAAAAGAAACAGAUAUUUCUUAU